AUGUUUGGUUUGUCGAAAAUCAUCAAAUGGAAUGCAUUUUGGAGCAAUUUCUUGUCGAGCAUGCGCCGCUUUUUUCGGUGAGCUCUGGAAACCCAAAAAAAAGCAUUUAUGUUAGCCUAACUCCAUUUUCAGACGAGCUACAGUAUUGAACAUUCAAUAUGAAUGCAAAAAAGGAGAAAUGAAUUGUAAUAUUGAUGGAAGAGGAAGAUUUGUAUGUAGAUUUUGUCGAUUUUUGAAAUGUCAACAAAUUGGAAUGAAACCUGAUAGUUAGUUUAGUUUUUAAAAAAUCACCAGAAUUCUGAAAAAAAUCAUGUUUUUCACUUCAGAAGUUCAAUUAGAUUAUGAUCCAACAUAUUCAAUAAAAGGAUUAUUAAAUGAUGAUUCUGGAAGUGAUGAUUCAGCUACAAAUUCUCCAAGUUGUUCGAAAUCCGAAGAAGAAAUUGAAGAUCAUAAGGAUUUUUUGUUCAAUUUUUCACCGAAACCUUCAGACAAACCAAUUGCAAAAAUUGAUUUUUCGGAUUUGACACAGAAAAUUGAAUAUCUUUUUGAAUGCAAAACAGAAGCUUCUGAAAAAUAUGAGCUGGAAAUAUUAUCGAAUUCACUUUCAGAACCUUCUGAAAAUCAAUUUCAAGAGAUCCAUCAGAUGGAAAUAUUUGAAAUGAUAAAUCUAUUAAAAAAUGAGAUAAUUUGGAAAUGGGCAAAAUGGAUGAAUUCGAGUCAAUUAUUGAGGACAAUUGAGAAACAACAAAAAAUGCAAGUUUUUCGAAAUUCUUGGAAUAUUCUACAUAUUUUUGAGAGGUUGUAUAGAACUUCGAAGAAUUUUUUGAGUGGGCAAAUUCUGAUUUCUGAUGAUUUGCUGUGGAUUUGUGGGAAGAGUUAUUAUAAUAUUUCAAGUAUUUCUGAAAUUUCUAAUCAAUAUUUUGCAAGGUAAGUUAACCAUUAAACACAUACACCGUGACGCACAAUUACACACAGAAAACAUUUGCCAGCUACAGUAGUCGAAUAUAAAUUAUGUUUGCAUGAAUAUCCCACAAGCCUCUAAUUAAUUUUCUAAAAUUUUGAUCUACAGUAAUCUGGGGGUCCUAAAAUCAUGAAUUCAAAUUUCCCGUCCCGCCAAAAUUGACCGCGGGAACAAGAAAAAGUUUUUUUUGGGGAUUUUGAAUUUUCUGGGUCAAACAAUUGUGAAAAUCAUUUUUCACAUGAAAUUUCAAAUUUUGACACAAAAAAAUGAGAAAUUCUAAUUUUUGGGAAAUCCGCUCCAACUGGGAAAAUGUCUUCAAUUGUCCUAAUUAAUAAAAAAUAUAUUUUUUUAUAGAUUAUUCGAUCCAUAUCUUCAAAGAUUCAUUGAUGUAAUUGGAAAGCAAUUAUCCGAAAUGCAAUUAACAAAUCAAGAAUUAAUAUUUUGCCUAAUUCAAUUAAUUGGAUAUGAUACAACAGAUUUAACACAAAAAACUAUUGAAAUUAUCGAAAAUUUGAAGCAUCAAAUUGCUGAUCAAAUGCAUAAUUAUUACUCAAAUUAUCCUGAUUUGACUAAUUAUUCAUAUCGAUUAAUUAAAUUGAUGAAUAUUGUGAAAAGCAUGAAGGUAAAAUCAUUUUGAAUUUUUUGAAUUCUCAAAAAAUUCAAAAAUUUGCAGAAAAUUGCCAUCGAGAAGAAUAAAGUCAAAGAGUUAUUCUACAUUUUCGACAUUUUUCAUGCCGAUAUUUCUGAUCCCUAUUUUUUCGAAAUUUUUUGAUUUUCGGGGAUUUUUGUGCCGAGUUUUAGAAAUAAAUUAUUUGAUUUUUUACUUAAAGUUAUGAAAUCUUCAGGAUUACUGUAGGGAUUACUGUAGACUCACAUCAUUUAUUUGUUUUUAGUCAUAAUAUAGUUUUUCCUCCACAAGACUUUGACAUUUUCAUUUCUCUAACAGUCUCUCUUUUCUCCACACUCUCUCGUUCUCUAUACAAACAAACAUUGCUCAUGGGAGAAAAAACACAUCUUUCCGUUUCUUUUUUUCAAGAAGUCAUGUAGUUUAGCUAACUUCUUCUAAUAAUGUUUAGGAAGAGAAAACAUUGCUCAUAUUAAACUUUGGAGGGAUUUUGAUUUUGCCACGUCAUAAUUCAGAUUUUCUAUGAAAAUUAUAUAAUUUGUUAUUCCAGGUGUACUGUAUUUUUUUUCUGGAGGUUACGGUAUCUAAGUUUAGUUUCAUUUUGAAGCUCUCGAAAUUCUCUACAAAAUCAGCUACAGUACUCUAGGGAUACUGUAGAAUACAAGCUUCCAAACCUAUAAGUGUUUAGUCUCAUUUUGAAGCCCUAAAAAUUUCCUACAAAAUGAGCUACAGUACUUCAGGGCUACUGUAAAAAUUCUAAUUGAUUCCAUGAAAAUUAUAAUACAGUUCUGUGUUUCAGAAAAGUGGGCGGAGCUUGAGUUUGUCUGUGUUUCUCUAAAUCUCUCAAUUUCCCUCAAUCCCUCACUUGUCCCUUUAAAUUGAUGAUUCAUUCAAAAUUUCCUAUAAAAUGUGUCAUUUUGUUGAAUUUUAUCAGUUUUUGUUUUGGUUUUUCUAAAAAAAAUUUUCAAAUUGUGAUUUUUUUCCAGAAAAAUGAACCUCAUUCAUGACAUUGUUGGGACCUUUGUGUGUUUGGUGAUUAUGUUCACAUAUUUUGGAUUUGCUGGAAAUCGUGCUGAAAUUGAAUUCGAGAAAGUUUGCGAGAUGGAUGUGAGUUUGACGGGGGAAAUUUUAAAAUUUUAAUUUUUAAUUUAAAUUUUGCAGCACAUGAUUUGCAGUCCAUUUUUUAAAGCCGGAGUCAAAACGCAUUGCCAAAUCUCAUGCGCAACUUCAGAUUCAACUUCAACUUCAGCACCAAAUCGCCAAGAAUUCUCCAAAUUCAUGUUCAAACUUCUGGUUUUCACUUUCUUCUUCCUCAAUUGGUUCAACAUGGUCAGAAAAUUGUGCAAAAAAUACAUUUUUGCUCCCAAAAAAGUCGCCCCAGCUACUGAAAUUCAUGUGAUUCGUGCAUUUUGA